AUGAAGAUUCAGAAACAAAACACAACAAACCCAUUCGAAUCCCUCUCAGAAGAACUCAUUUUCACAAUCCUCGACUUCCUCGAACAACCGAACAACAAUAACAACCAAACCAAAAAAUCAUUCUCCUUAACUUGCAAAUACUUCCACGCGCUAGAAUCAAAACACCGACGCGCCCUCCGUCCCUUACGCGCCGAACACUUACCUUCAAUCCUCGCGCGUUACUCCUCCAUCCAAACCAUCGACCUCUCACUAUGUCCGCGCGUGAGCGACACGUCUCUUGCAAUGAUCGCCGAAGCCUACAAAGAAACGCUCAUUCGGAUCGAUUUAUCGCGGUCGAGAUUCUUCACCGGGAGCGGUUUGGUUAGUAUUGCGGCGAGUUGUUUGAAUUUGGUUGAGCUUGAUUUGUCUAACGCGACGGAGUUGAGAGACGCGGCGAUGGUUGGUGUUGCACGCGCCGGGAAUUUGGAGAGGCUUUGGUUGAAUAGGUGUAAGUUGGUUACGGAUAUGGGGAUUGGGUGUGUGGCGGUGGGGUGUAGGAAGUUGAAGUUGAUUAGUUUGAAAUGGUGUGUUGGUGUUGCUGAUUUGGGUGUUGAGUUGAUUGCUAUUAAGUGUAGAGAUCUUCGAAGUUUGGAUCUUUCUUAUUUGCCUAUCACAGAGAAAUGCCUAUCUUCGAUCUUCAAAUUGCAACAUCUCGAAGAUUUGGUCCUCGAAGGAUGCUUUGGCGUUGGCGACGACAGUCUCAGCAACGAGGUCUUUAAACAAGGGUGCAAUACAUUAAAGAAACUUGAUAUCUCAGGAUGUCAUAACAUAAGUCAUACCGGUCUGUCAAGGCUGACGAGCAUUUCUCGAUGUGUCGAACAACUUGUAUUAGCAGAUGGUUCUCCGGUGACUCUUGCUCUUGUUGACAGUUUAAAUAAACUUUCUAUGUUGCAAUCAAUCAUAUUCGACGGUUGCAUUGUUACCUCCGACGGAUUAAAAGCCAUUGGAAAUUUGAGCAUUUCGCUGAAGGAACUGAGUUUAAGUAAAUGUUUGGGAGUGACGGAUGAAGCUCUCUCUUUCCUUGUGUCAAAACACAGAGAUCUAAGGAAGCUGGAUAUCACGUGCUGCCGGAAGAUAACCGAUGUUUCGAUAGCUAGCAUUACGAAUUCUUGCAGAAGUCUCACUUCUCUGAAAAUGGAAUCGUGCACGCUAGUUUCAUCGGAAGUGUAUAUAUUGAUUGGACAGAAAUGCCAUUUUCUCGAGGAGCUUGACCUCACAGACAAUGAAAUCGAUGAUGAAGGCCUCGAGUCCAUAUCUUGUUGUUCGAGGCUCUCCAGCCUGAAACUAGGAAUCUGCCUGAACAUAACCGAUAGAGGAGUUGCCUAUGUUGGCAUGUGUUGCUCAAAAUUAAAGGAACUGGACCUAUACAGGUGCACAGGAGUAACAGAUUUAGGCAUUUCGGCAAUUGCGUACGGUUGCCGUGGCCUUGAGAUGAUAAAUACCGCAUAUUGCACUAACAUUACCGAUAGGGCAUUAUUCUGCUUAUCAAAAUGUCCAAAUUUGCAAACACUCGAAAUUCGUGGAUGUCUUCUCGUUACAUCUAUAGGUUUGGCAUCUAUUUCAAUGAACUGCAAACAACUAAGCCGUCUCGACAUCAAAAAGUGUUACAACAUUGACGAUAGCGGCAUGAUUCCGCUAGCUCAUUUCUCCCAAAAUCUAAGACAGAUAAACUUGUCGUAUAGCUCGGUUACGGAUGUGGGGCUUCUGUCGCUUGCCGGUAUCAGUUGCCUUCAAAACUUUACUCUGCUUCACCUGCAGGACGUGGCUCCACAAGGAGUUGCGGCGGCCAUAUUGGCAUGCGGAGGACUAACAAAAGCAAAGCUUCAUGUUAAACUAAGAUCUCUUUUACCUGAAAUACUCAUCAGACAUGUAGAAGCUCGUGGUUGCGUGUUUGAAUGGAGAGAUAAAGUUUUUCAGGCUGAAUUGGACCCCAAGUGUUGGAAAUUACAGUUAGAAGAUGUGAUGCAAUAG